AUGAGGGAGAAGAUAUUCGUACACAUAAUCAAUAUGGAGGCAGCAGACCUACUUCCGCUACUUGAGCAGCUGGAUGACAACAUCGAUGAUCUUGAAGAGGCUUUGAAGCCCAUCUUGGACAGCUCCGUGGUGGAGACGUCGAAGAAGCUUCCAGUGAUGGAUAAAGCGAAAUUCCACGUCUUGGUGACUUACGCGCUGGAGUCUCUUAUUUUCUCGUAUCUGCGUCUUCACGGCGUCAAUGCUAAGGAACACUCCGUGUUUAGAGAAUUAACUAGAGUCAAGCAAUACUUUGCGAAGAUCACCGCGCUCGAAGCGGAGCCGGAAAAGCGUACUCUAACUCUUGACAAGCAGGCUGCCAGUCGCUUUAUCAAACAUGGUCUUGCUGGAAAUGACAAAAUCGACCUGGCGCGCAAGGAGCAGGAGGCAAAGGAGAGAGCACGCGCUCAGCUAAAGGCAUCGAUACUGGCUAAAAAAGCAGGUGCUACGUCUCAGCAGUCAUCGCAGAAUGCGACAAGCAAUUCCGAGAGUGAAUCCGAGUCCGAGGAGCUUGUAAAGCCCGCUCCUAAGUCGGGCAAGAACUCUGAUGAUAAGAAGAAGCGCAAGGACAAGCAGAAGAGGAGGGUCAGCAAGGAAGAGCACAAUGAGAACAAGAAGGAGCGGAGAAAGAAGAAGGAUGAAUUGCGCAAGACGAAGAAGUUGAAAUGA